AUGGAGCAGGAAGAGGAAAAAGCGGAGGAAGCCACGGUGGUAGUCAAUGCAUCUUCGCCAAAUCCGACCAGGAACAAAAAGAAGAGCGACGGAUUUCUAUCAAUCGGAGGAUUGAGACUGUACACAGAGGAGAUUUCUUCUCCUGGUGAAGAUAGUGAUGGGCUUCUGGAUGAUACUGACGGAGACUAUGAAAAUGAUGAUGGCGAUUCCGUAGAAGAAAAAUUUCAAGAUUCUGCUGAGGAUUCUACCUCUGACAGUGAGGAAGAAGAAGAAAGCUCGGAGGGUGAUACAUCGUCUGAUGAUUACGGUGAUGGCUCAGAUAUUGAUGAAGAGGUGAUGCAGGACUAUCUGGCAGGAAUCGGUGGCGCAGACGAAUUAUUGAAAGCAGAAUGGUUAGCUGAAAAUCUUGAGGACCAUGAUGUGGAUAAUUCUUCCACAGGCGACAGCAGUGAUGAGAGUGUUGAGAAGCUUGGGCCAUUCGCGCUAAUGAAUUUAUCCGAGGAGUAUGGUAUGCAGAAGGCAAAAGAAAAAAAUAAGAAAGUCAAGAGAAGCAAUAGUGGGAGCAGCCUAGGUCUGCCCAUUCGUGCUAACAAGUCUACACCUUUGGACGACUUGUUGUUUGCUAAAGAUCGUAGAGCAGUUUCAGGAAGAAAGACGAGGGACUGUACUAUGAUUUCUCGUUCCUGGCCCUCCAAUGCUCGGAAAAGUAAGAUGGACAAGAAAAUUAGAGGUAAAUAAAAUCAUAUUCUCGGGACACCAACUACCUCUUCGAAGUGUUAUCGCAUAUUUCGUAUGCAGGCUUUAAUUUUGGCCAUCACUUUUCUGUUCAACAGUUGGCUUAACUGUAAACUUUUUAUUUGUGAGGAGCAACGAAAUUAUUUGGAUUUUUUAAAGAAAAUAUUAUUUAACUUUAUAUCCUCAUGAUCUCGCUGGAAAUUAAAUCUGUGCAUUAAAUUUAUAAUUAUCUCAUUUUUACCUUUAGUUUUUGCACAAUAAUCACGAUCAGAAUAAACUACUUGCCUUGGAGCUGUUCUGGCCGUUUACUUGGAGCCUAACCUCCCCCUCCUCCUUUCUUUCAGUACCCAUAUGUUGAUGUUGCAAAACUAGGUGUAUUGUUUUCCAUUGUGUUGAUUUCCUUUUCUGAUCGUCCAGGUGAAAAGAAGAAGCAUCGUAAAGAAUUAAUUGCUAAAAAACGUCGAGAAAGGAUGCUUAACCGUGGUGUUGAUCUUGAACAAGUAAACCUUGUGAGUCAUUUCUUCCCCAUCUCUCACUUAUUUUUAUGUUUAUCGUUUGUAGAUCUUUUUCACUAGAUAUGCAUGACACCGAUACAUCUGAGGUCGCCUCUGGCAUGCUUCCUAUGCGAAAUAACCAGUUGAUUUGCACAUACAGCACCUAAGUGGGAUUCCCUAAUAUUUUCCUAAAAUCGUGCGGGGGAUAAGAACAUCAACCGAGGGCUUUUGCUGUACCAUCACCAUUACAUUCUUCGUACAUUUCUUUAUGAUGCUUUGUAUGAAAAUAAGUUGUCUUGAUUGUGGAGAGUUGUUUAGAUAUUUAUGAAGAUCGUUCGAGAUUGCUGUCGACUUUUAGUUUUUUAAAUUUCAUUCAAUUCAUUUAUUUUUUUUCUCGAGAAUUACUUGCAUGUAAUCUUGGGAUUUACAUCCGUCACUAACGAAUGUUGAUCAAUUCCCGGCUUCCAACAUUGUAGGAGUUGAGACGGAUGGUUCUAGCUGAGCGUGAUGUUUUCUCCUUCCAACCUAUGCAUUCUCGUGACUGUGCGCAGGUUCGCUUACCCCUCCCCUCCCCUCCUCCUCUCCCCCUCCCCAAAAAAGAAGCAACUUCUUCAUUUAGCAUUUCACUGUGGAUUCUGUUGGCCCAAAGUAGAAACCUCUUCAGGCAGCAAUCAUGGGAUCUCUGAUGAAAAGGAAGAGAAAAAAAGGCAGAAAAAAAUGGUUUCUAAUGGGCUUGCUCCAACCAUGUGGGGGAGAAAAAUCUAGAAUUUUUUUUCAUAUUAUCCCCUCAUAUUAUCAACCUUGGCUGGGCCCUUACACUGCUGUCUCUUCCCUCUCCUAGGUGCAACGACUGGCCUCCAUCUAUCGUCUCCGGAGCGGCUGUCAAGGUUCUGGAAAGAGGAGGUAUUUUCCUCUUCUUCUUCUUUUUUAAUCUCAAUCAUCAUGUCUGAUUAGAGAUGCCUCAUUAGGGUAGGGAGAGAACGAGUGAGCCUGACGACCCCAUUGAUGGGUUCUUUUCCAGAUUUGUGACGGUCCUGCGAACGGCCCAUACAUCUCUACCCUCUGCAAAUGACGCUCACCGGCUGGAGAAGGUCUUCUUUCUUCCCAUGAAAUAUUUUUAAUUUCUUAUAAUGUAUAUUCAUCUUCAUCAUGAUCAGGUCUGAUAAAGCCUGUGAUUUUCUUCAAUUCCAGUUGUUAGGGUUGGACGAUGAGUCUGAUUUUGCCGUCGGUCCUGGUAAGGAGGGGAAGACCCCGGCGCGAGUUUGGAGCAGCCGAGGGAGAUUAUCUGGUCCUCCCCACCGGUCUGCGUCGAGCAAACUGAUGAUGAACUCCGGUGGCGGCGGCGGCGGCGGCAGCGCGGGGAGGAGGCGGAGCUCCACCGGCGGCGUCGGGGUGUAUGCAGAUAAGCCGGUCUCCUUCAUCUCGUGUGGGGUGAUGCAGGUCGACCCGGAGGCGGCGGCAAUGGUGAUCGACUCCAAGGAAGGUGGCUCGCCGGAGAGGACCGAACAGUUGUCGGCGGAGGCGGGCUCGUCCAGGUUAGGCGCCUUCGAGCUGCACACGAAGGGCUUCGGUUCGAGGAUGAUGGCGAAGAUGGGCUUCGCUGAGGGCGGUGGGCUCGGGCGGGACGGGCAGGGCAUCGUCCUGCCGAUAGAAGCCGUUAGGAGGCCCAAGUCGCUGGGGCUGGGAGUUCAGUUCGACGGCGGUGCCGCGGCCGGCGACGACGCGGUUGUGGAGAGCCCCGCCGGGUCUGGGAGGAAGCCGCCGCGGCGGGCUCCGGCGAGCGGAGGCGGGGGAAAGAAUGGGAGUAGAGCCAAAGAUGACAGAGGGAUUGGGUCGUUCGAGAGGCACACGAGGGGGUUCGGGUCGAAGAUGAUGGCGAGGAUGGGGUAUGUCCCUGGGUCUGGACUCGGGAGGGACGCCCAAGGGAUCACCGCACCUCUGGCCGCCGUGAAGCUGCCCAAGUCCUUGGGCCUGGGGGCCAGCGCCUGA